UUACCUGUUUAAUUCUUCCCUUGAAGACAUUGAACCGCAUCAAUUGAUGGAACAAUCAGUCCAGCCCCGUUAAAUUAUGUCCCACGUUCUUGACUUGGUAGAGACGGAACUGUCUUGAUUGGUCGGUCUGACACUCACAAAACCCUCCAUUGGACAACACGAAAUUUCAAACCAAUCACGGUCAGCGAAACACAAAAAGAAAAAAGAGUCCACCAACAAGUUUAUGGCCGCCUGGACGGUGCGGUGAAAUUUCCAUUUGCGCCCUAGAAUUUGCGCACAAAUCUGAUUUGUUUGUUAAAUGAAAAAAAAAAAAAAAGAAAAAGGAAAAGAGAAAGCUUUGUUUUUUUAUGCCGGUAAACUUUCAAAAUGCUAUGACCUGUAUUGAUAAAGAUUCUCUAUUUUCUUCACUUCCUUUUUAUAAAGUAAUAAUAAAAAAUGCAUUUUUUUCUUCUUCUGCUUUAUUGUACCAGCUCUAAAUCCUAGGUUCUUCUUCUGUGUUCUGUCAGGUAUGAAUUUUUAGCUGUUAGUUGUUUGUUAGAAUUUUAGCUGGUUUUGUUUUUCUUUGUUCUAAGGUUUCUUGUUGCUAUGUUUCUCGGGUCUUUGUAUGGUUUUGGUUCUGUUAGAUGGGGAAAAGAUUUUAUUUUUUAUUGUUAGCCUCCAAAUUUGACAGCUUUUUCUAUGUGGGUUGUGGGUUUUUCCAUGUCUGUGAAUUCUUAAUAGAGAUUGGAAAGAAAACCUGAUUUUGUGUUGAAUUAUGGUCUGUGAUUAGGUUGUAAGUUUAGCCUGUAAAAUAAUUGAGUAAAUUAUGGGUUCACAGUUCAAUGGAUUCCCUAAUUCAGUUACUGGUUUCAAGUUUGAUAGUGAGUAUAUUUUGCCUAAUUCAAAUGAAUACCCAAAAUUUGAAAUUUCUAGUGGGGUUAGAUCAAAUGGCCAAUCUUUAGAUUUCAGCUCUAUAGGUGUCCCAUUUUUACCUUCUCUCGGUUUGGAUAAUUCUAGCACUUCUCCAUCAUUUUUGAGCAUGGCCAAAGAGGGAGAUUCUCUUUCUCCUUCUGAUGACAGUGACUUCUCCGACGCUGUUCUCAAGUACAUAAGCCAGGUGCUUUUGGAAGAGGACACGGAAGGGAAGCCAUGUAUGUUCCAUGACUCAUUGGCUCUUCAAGCUGCAGAGAAAUCUCUUUCUGAAGUUCUUCGCGAUAGCUAUCCUACUUGCAAUCAAGCCCCUCUUUGUAGUGACCGACGUGUUGAGAGCCCAGAUAGCUUUUCUUUUGGUACUCCCAGUGAUCAUAGCACUUAUUCUAGUUCUAGUUCUAGUUCUAGAUCUUGUUCUUGUACUAGCAAUUCAAUAGAUUCGCUGUCUCAUGGUGAUUUUGGGGAAAACAACAACAAACCAUCUUUGUCACAAACAAGUAUUCCUGAUAACUUUGUUUUUCAGUCUACAGUGAAUUCUGGCUCACAGUCUUCAGGUUGUUUUCAAAAUGAUAGUGCUAACAAUGGGGAUGAGUUGGCAGGGUCUUCUGUGAGUGAGAUUGCAAUUCCAAAUUAUUUUAGUCCGAGUGAAUUGGCAUUGCACUUCAAGAGGGGGAUUGAGGAAGCUAGUAAGUUCCUACCCAAAGUUAAUCAGCUGAAUAUUGAUUUUGAGAGCAAUGCAUGGGCUUCAGAGUUGAAACAAAAGGCUCCCAAGAUGGUAGUCAAAUUGGAGAGUGAUGGGAAGGAGUACUCACCACCUCGGUUGACAGGAAAGAAGAAUCAUGUUCGAGAAGAUGAAGAUUUAGAAGAGGGGAGGAAUAACAAACAGUCAGCAGUUUUGGGGGAUGAGAGUGAGCUAUCAGACAUGUUUGAUAAGAUGUUGAUUUGUGAUGGAAGAAAAGGGCAAUCUUCUCCCACUUGCACUGCCAAUAAGGCUUUGCAGAAUGAGCCAACUAAUGGGUCCAGUAUUGGGAAGGCUCGUGGCAAGAAACAGGGUAAGAAGAAAGCAGUGGAUUUAAGGACUCUCCUGAUUUUAUGUGCACAAGCUAUCUCGUCUGAUGACAGUGUGACUGCUAAUGAACUGAUAAAGCAGAUUAGGCAGCAUUCUUCGCCCUCUGGUGAUGGGUCUCAGAGGUUAGCUCAUUUCUUUGUUGAUGCCCUUGAAGCACGCUUAGCUGGCACUGGAACUCAGAUUUAUACCUCUUUGGGUGCUAAAAGAGCGUCAGCCGCUGAUAUGUUGAAAGCUUACUAUGUUUAUCUUUCAGCCUGUCCAUUCAUGAAGAUGUCAAUUUGUUUUGCAAAGAACAAUAUUCUGAAGGUAGCAGAGAAAGCAACAACGCUCCAUAUUAUAGACUUUGGUAUUUUUAAUGGUUUUCAGUGGCCUACUCUAAUCCAUCACCUUGCAAACAGACCUGGUGGCCCUCCAAAAUUACGCAUUACCGGAAUAGAAUUUCCCCAACGUGGCUUCCGGCCUGCUGAAGGAGUCCAGGAGACUGGGCAUCGCUUGGCAAGGUAUUGUGAGCGUUACAAUGUUCCAUUUGAAUACAAUGCUAUUGCUCAGAAAUGGGAGACUGUCCGAACUGAGGACCUCAAGAUUAAUUCCAAUGAAGUUAUUGCUGUGAAUUGUCUGUUUCGUUUUAAAUACCUACUGGAUGAGACGGUAGUGUUGAACAGUCCAAGGGAUACUGUUCUAAACUUGAUUCGGAAGAUACAUCCAGAUAUUUUUGUUCAUAGUGUUGUUAAUGGGUCCUACAAUGCCCCUUUUUUCGUCACACGGUUCCGGGAGGCACUCUUCCAUUUCUCUGCGCUAUUUGAUAUGUGUGAGACCGUUGUCCCUCAUGAAGAUCAUAUGAGGCCGAUGCUUGAACAACAGUUUUAUGGGCGGGAAAUUAUGAAUAUUAUAGCAUGCGAAGGCACAGAAAGAGUAGAGAGACCUGAGUCAUACAAGCAGUGGCGGGUUCGAAAUUUGGGGGCUGGGUUUACUCAGCUUCCAUUAGACGCUGAACUUAUGAAGAAAGUGAGAGAUAAGGUGAAGGAGUGCUACCACAGUGAUUUUGUGGUAGAUGUGGAUGGCGGGUGGAUGUUGCAGGGAUGGAAGGGUCGAAUUAUCUACGCAUCUUCUGCAUGGAUACCUGCAUAAGACUCAAACUACUGGAAGAGGGCAACAAGUGGAAAUCUCUCCAGUUUAGGGUCAAGCUUAGUGAGAUCAUUGUUCAAGCCAGGAAUUGACAUCGAUCUUUAGGAUGAGUGUUCUGCAAUAGUCUGGCAGGACUUUUGUUUUUACCUCAGAAUGAAUGAAGGUAAUUCAUGCUGGAGUUUCAUCAUGACCUGGCAGUGGCUUGUAUUAAUUUCAUCUUUUUUCUGUAAUCUUCAACAAACCGAGUUGUAGUAUCGUGCACAAUGACAAUUCCUUCUGUCGCUCCUUAUAUAAGAGCAAAGAUUUGAUGGUGUCAUAUGCUACGUAGCAUCGUACAUAGGCCCUUUUAGCGGCGCCAUUGAAUGUAGUUAGUGAAACUUCAUAGACGAUGUAGUACUAUUAUUUAUCCAUAAUCCAUGGCCUUGGUUCUUACAGCAUUGGGGUAGUGGCAGUGGCUGCUCUUGCUAACUUGUUUCUUUUUAUCUUUUGGGGAUUGUGUUGCCCAAACUUUAUAGCGUUUGCAUUCAUUGAAUCAUUAUGAAGAACUUUUUCUAGAACGAACAGUUGAAUAAAACCAGGCGGCGGCCCCCUGAGUCUAGUAACAAAAGUUCGAGGUUGAGAUCUUUAGAUGUUUCAAAUAAAAUUUUUUUUGUCUGUAUGGCAUAUUCCUCAAAGGAAAGGAAGAAGUCUUGGCUGCAAACCAAGAUCUUGGUGUCCUCUUAAAGCUUACUUGAUCACUAAGUCAAGAAGGGAAGGACUAAAUGUUUCAUAUAAUUCAAAAUAAGAAUAAAAAUUAACCAUGGUCCAAUACAGCUUUGACAAAACUGUCUGCUCAUGUUAUGUCACAGUUUGUGCUGGAGUCAGCUAUCAGUUAAGACAACCAACAAAAUUAAUCGUUGAAUAAUUAAUGAAGCAUUUACUCGCCUGGUUUGAGGUGUGAGGCGCAAGCCAAGGCAAUCAAGUAAAAAGAAAAGAAUUAAUGGAGCUGGUGGUCAAUAUUUUAAUCUGUGGCAGACGAUGUUCAUUGUAUCAGGCGGAUACUGAAAGUCAUUGACACAUAUUUUAACGCAAUAUUUUAUGUACUAAUC